AUGAUCUCAAUUCAAGUGGCUCUUACCCUCUUCACUUCCUUCGCACUCGCCGCUUCGGCUAACCCAACCAAGAGGGACUUCCCUCCCCCUGUUGAGGUUAUCAGACCUGAGAACAAGACUACCGAGCAAUUCAAACAAGAGUUCCUCGAGCUGUGCGCUAAGUACUACGGAGGGAGCGAAGUCACCGAUCGACCAAUCUUUGUAUUUGAGGAUUUCCAAGAGAGCUUCGAUCAAGAUCAAUGGGCUGGUAGAAAAGCAGAUGUUAGCUGUAUCUACCAAUAUCCUACUGCAGAAUAUCAAAAUAUUGGUGUAGACGUAGCUAUGGCCCUUGGAGGGGAUGGAAUCAUUACCAUUGAUCCUAUCGAGACUGGUGAUGGGGCCCAAUAA